AUGAGCUGCAUCGACAUUGACGAGUGUGUGCCUCGCGCGGUGUCGAGCAAAAGUUCUGCUCUUCAGAAGAUUCCCCUUCUACAGCAAUGCAGAGACUCGAUCUUACACAAAGUUGCCCAACGACUGCAGACAAGAUUUGUUGCACUGGGCGAGAUCAUUUGUCGGGUAGGCGAAGAGUUAGACUGCAUAUUCCUAUUGGAAUCUGGAUCCCUACAAGUCUGGUCUCAUGGACAAGCGCCCAUGGACAUGUGCGAUGCAGGAGUCGUUGGUGACCCCCGAGUUUUGCUGUGGUUGGCUGCGGUCAGUCAGCACAAUGUUGUUGCGAAGACCUUCUGCCAGAUGCAGCUUCUGACAGCUGCGGCCUUCAGGGAAGCAGCUGGGAUUAAGGAGGAAGAUGCUCGGGAAAUGUCGGAAAUCCUUGAAAGCCUCGAGAAUCAAUGGGAGCCCGAGGCGCAGCGACACGUGCUCGACCGUGUUGCUACCACAAGUUUACGAGCCGUGCAGUUUGUCAAGAAGAUGAAAAGCACAGGCAAGCAGAAGAACAAGCAGAGGGCCCUUGAGCAGCUAGAGUCGAAGGAGCCAGAGGAACCAAAGGAACCAAAGGAACCAAAGGAGCCAAAGCCGAAAUCGCCUGACGGCACCGCCAAGCGGAGGCCAACGGCGAGACUGCACAGGGAACUCAAGGCCAACAAGGACAUGCUUACAGAGGACAAGGACAUCAGAGGUGAAACGAAUCAGAAGGAAGCCCUCACUUUCAACAGCGAGGCACAAAGGAUGGAGAUUUCGUCUUCCUUGCAGAACCUGGACUUCUUCUCCACGCUGGACACCUUCAGCUUUGAGCGGCUAAUCUCACUCUUUCAGAAGAAGUUCUGGAGGAGAAAUGAGCAACUCCUGAUAGAGGGCAAGGCUGCCAAAGCCAUGCACGUCAUCCUGCAAGGUGACGUGAACAUCAUCAUUGGCAACAAGAUUUUGAACAAGUUCGGCCCGAAGUCCGUAGUCGGAGAGCGCUCGGUUCUAAGCUCGACGACUGGAGAUCCGGCCCCUUGCGGCGCCACCGUCACCGCCGCCAGCCCCAUCGUGAUGACUGCAUCAGCCUCUCGCGUGCAGCUGCAAGACCUUUUCUUUAAGGAUGCCGGUCUCCUGGAGCACUUCCAGUCCAGAUUCGAGAUCGAGCGCGAGCGCCGGGGCGUCACCAGCUUCCGGAACGUGAAGCUGUUUCGAGAGGCAGACCCCGGCUUCACACAGGCCUUGGAAUUGGCGGUCAAGGAGCGUGUGUACGGGAAUGGCGAGUUCUUGGUGACCGAAAAUGAGCUGUGCACCGAGGCUGUGAUGCUCUGUCGUGGCACCGUCAACGUCCUAAGUCACGACAUCAUUGUGGCAACCAUGACUGUGCAAGCAAUGGAGGAUGCCAUGCUCUUUGGAGAGUUCACGCUUUUGGGCCUAUGGCCAGCUCCAAAAGCCUCCAUCGUGGCAGUUGAUGCUUGCCUCGUUCAGGUGAUCUGUUCGGAUGCCCUGAGGCGCUGUCUCGACUUGUAUCCCGACGAGUCCUUCAUCUUCCGUGACCUGGUCGAGGCGCGCCUGGACAAGAUCUACCGGCAGGAGGAGAAGGCGCAGAGGCAAGUCAAGAAGCAGAGAAUGCAGAGAGAAGCCGCUGCACGGUCACAGUCUGCUCAGUCUCUUCGUGGCGAAGGGGCCGAGGAUGCCGAUGUCUCAAGCAAAGAGGAUGAGAAGACCUCUGAGGAAACUGACAGGGCCCUGAGAAGGCAAUCCACCAUGCGUCGAAGCAUUCCGCAAGGCAUCCGGGGCAUAAAGGAUUUUGCCGGCCUCUCUUCAAAAUGCAUCCGGGAGCUUGAGCUCUAUUUGCACAAGCGCCUGUUCAUGCCAGAUCAGGUCAUUGUCCAUCAAGGUGCCGACUUGCAAGACGUCCAUGUGCUGCAGCAGGGCACCUGCGAGGCCAAGGUAUUCGGAGCCACCUUUGAGGCUAUGGACUUCCCUUGCGUCAUUGGGGGCCUCCCAUCGGUCCUCGCCAAGAAAGUGUUUACAACCGUGAUUGCCACGGAGACCUGCUUUGUCGUAAAGAUCUCAAAGAGGCACUUCACUGCCAUGUUGGACAAGUAUCCAGAGGACCGGAAGAAGCUCGUUGCAGCUGCCGGCCGUGCUUUCAGCAAGUUGUGUGACGAUUUCCAGCAGAACGUGUGGAUUGCCCAGGCCUUGCAGGAUCAACUCGCUGCAAUGCCUUGUCUUGCUGGCGCAUGCGGGGAGUUUCUCGAAGCUUUGGCCCAUGCGUUGGAACCACGCCUACUGCUUCCAGCACAGGAGAUCUUUCUGUCAGGUGGCAAGGAAGAUGGCGCAGAUCUCUACUUUGUUUUCGAGGGACACUUCCAUUGCCUUCAAAAGGGCGCUGUGAUGGGCACCAUCUCACCAAAGAUGGUGUUUGGUAUCUUGGAAGUCUUCGGCAUCAAUGACCUCUCCAAUGAUAUGAGGAUUUGGUCUGAUGAGAUCUGUAAGGUCGGAGUCCUCACGCAGCUGAAGCUCUGUGAUCUACUGGAUGAGUUUCCACAGGAAAGGGGUAACUUCGAGAAACUUGUGCACAACCUCAUGGAGGACAGUGUGAACCACCACCUCGUGAUGCUGCCCUUCUUUUCCGGUCUCAACAAUCAACAGAUUCUGACUGUUUGCCAUCUAUUGGACAGGCGAUUUCUCCUGCCGAAUGUCACCAUUGUCAAGGAAGGGGAUGGCGGAGACUUCAUGAUGGUCUUGAAUUGUGGGAAGGUUGAGAUCCUUUGCAAGGACGUGAGCAUGGGCAUGCUCCUCUCGGGAAGGGCUUUUGGCGCAAGCCAGAUGAUGGGGCUGCACGCUCGCUACCAUGCCACCUUGAAGGCAAAGAGUACCUGCCACAUCUUGCUGAUCUUUUGGCACAUGCUGAGCGGGCUGAUCAGUACCUCUGCGGACUUGGUUUGGGUGCAAGCCAUGAAAAGGGAGGCCCAGAACAUCUAUCACUCCGAAAGCACGUCUUUCGCUCGGAAGCUGCAGCAGAAGUCGAGCAUGGCCCGAUCGAGGCACCUCUUGAUGGAUAAAGUCAACAUAGUUACAGGCCUCUGGAGCUUGCGAGACAUACUCUUGGGGUGGUUUGAGGUGGCCAGCUCGGGCCGGCAAUCCCGGCAAGAUGAGGGAGUGGCUACGGUCGGAGCACCUUUCAAGAGGCAAGAUACGACUGCAACGACCAACAUGGCUCAGACAGGCAGAAGCUUUCGUUGGGCGGAGACCAGCAGCUUUGCAAACAAGCACCACGCCACACCACCGGCUUCAAAACCCUUGUUCAGGAGGCCUGUGCGCUUCAGACACAACAUGCGGUGGACCAAUUUGCCCCUGAGCCAUUGCAGGAAGGACGUGAUGAAGUGGGGGCUGCAAUUCGGAAGGUUGGACACAUGGAAGGGCUUGACGGGGCCCGGAUGGCUUCACGACGUGCGGAAUGAAGUAUCGCAGGAUGAGCUGCAUCAGCUUUGCAUGCGCACAAGCAGAGUCCCCUAG